GCCAACAGUGACUUGCAACUUCUUUGCUGUCGUGGCAUGCAUGGGCCAGUGAUGACACAACCAAUGGGUAGUCCUAAUCAUUAUACCAUCAUCACUGUAUAGGCGUAGGGUGUGUGUAAUAAGUGUCUCUGGCAACUAGAACAGUUGUAGUGUUUUUGAAAUCGCAUUAUCUCCGCUCCACCAUCCUCCACUCACCAUGGUUCUUACCGUAUACGCACACGGCGUGUCCCAGCCUUCGCGGACAGUCAACAUAUUCUGCAAAGUCAACAAACUCGACUACACAGACACAUCUAUCGAUUUGAUGACUGGUGAACACAAGAAGGAGCCUUACUUGAAGAUUAACCCUGCGGGACAGGUCCCAGCUAUAACUGAUGAUGAUUUCUGUCUUGCAGAAUGUGGCACAAUCUUGAAGUACAUUGCUCAGAAGUUCAAGGUGGCCGAUCACUGGUACCCGACAGGAGAUCUCGUUGCCCAGGCUCGUAUUAAUGAGUACAUUGACUGGCAACACACCGGUUUGAGAAAGGCCGGUUCCGACAUCUUCAUCGGAACUGUGUUCACCCCGAUGUUAAGCGGCAAGCCGAUCGACGAGGAGAAAUUGGCUAAAGAUUAUGAGACAUUGGACAAGACUCUUGGAGUGAUGGAGAUGAUGUUUCUUAAGAAUAAGCAGUUUCUUUGCGCUGACACGAUCAGCAUCGCUGACAUAAUGGCUGUCUCAGAGUUGACGCAAGUGUUGGCUAUCCAACGACAUGACGUAUUGGCCAACCACCCCAAGCUGGCAGCGUGGAAAGACCGAGUGGUCAAGGAGCUGAACCCGUGCUACGACGAAGUCAACAAGGUCCUCAUGGGCUUCGUUGCAAACAUCAAGAAAUAAGAAAAAUCAUCCGAUUAUAAUAACUAGGGAUUCGAUUAAUUUAUUAUCCUAUGUUUUUUCACCUGUUUCUUGAAAACAUAGUUCACGUAAUACGUGAGUUUACAUCAAGAAGUAAGAAAUUCAUUCGAAAAUAAAAACUAAGGAUAUGAUUAAUUUAUUCUCUGAGGGUUUUUUCCAACCUGUUUCUCGAAAACAUAAUUCACGAUAACUAAACAGAUUUUCGUCUUCUUUUAUCCACUAAUACCUUUUGGUAUUUUUGAAAAAUGAAAUUUUCUUGAUAAAGCUCGACCAGUGUACAUAAUUAUUAUGUGUACAUUAAACUCUUUAUUUUUCAUAUUGAUAUAGUCUCGUAGAUUUUGUAAAACGUAAAACAACCAGAGUCACAUUUUCCUUAAAAUCCCUCGGACUUAAACAAUCAAGAACAAAAUAUAUUAUAAAAACUAUUAGUAAUAUUGGGAGUUAUUUUGGUGAAACUGUUCAGUGAUUUUUCUCACGACGGUAUCGUAAUAUAUUUCUUUCAAGGUUCUUUGCAAACAAGAGCAAGUUUUGGAACAGGAAAUAAACUGUAAAUCAGAAGGAAUCUUACCAGUUCUCCAUAAUCAUGUCGACAUUUCGACUUUACCAACAUUUCGUUGUGUGUGUUCUUCACAUUUCCUCCACUGUAAGUCUAUAGGUUAUUAUUUACUGUAUACCGGUAACCAACUAUACAUAUAACAUGUAUGUUAUGAGACAAUAAAUGAGGCUCA